CGGUGCUGACCCUCUCUCUCCUCCCCGCACAGCCAUGGAGGUGCAGUCCUACUACACCAAACUGCUGGGCGAGCUGAACGAGCAGCGCAAGCGGGAUUUCUUCUGCGACUGCAGCAUCAUCGUGGAGGGCAGGAUCUUCAAAGCCCACAAGAACAUCCUGUUCGCCAACAGCGGCUACUUCCGAGCGCUGCUCAUCCACUACAUCCAGGACAGCGGCCGCCACAGCACGGCCUCGCUGGACAUCGUCACCUCCGAGGCUUUCUCCGUCAUCCUGGAUUUCCUCUACUCGGGCAAGCUGGAUCUGUGCGGGGAGAACGUCAUCGAGGUGAUGUCGGCCGCCAGCUACCUGCAGAUGACCGACGUGGUCAACUUCUGCAAAACCUACAUCAGGUCCUCGCUGGACAUCUGCCGCAAAAUCGAGCGGGAGGCGGUUUUCUACCAGGCUGACAGCGGGGGCUCGGCCCGGGAGGGAACCUCGUUGGGUUCCAGGAGUCAGUGCUCUGCCUCCACAUCGGAGAGGAUCCCCGAGUGCCAGCGGGACCCUCCGUGCGGCCACUGCAGCGCUUGCCACCCGCUGGAGCUGGUGGUCCGGGACCCCCUGAGCGGCGACUCGCCCGCUGAGACCACGCUGGCCAAAGGGCUGCAGCCCAAAGUGGAGGAGCUGGACCCCGACGAGGCGGAGGCGGAGGCGGAGGUGGAGGUGGAGGUGGAGGUGGGCGAGCGGCUGCCGCAGUACCCACAGGGCACCCCCAUCUCGCUGGAGCCCAUGGAGGACGGGCAGCCCGUGGAGCUGGCGUGCAACAAUUACCACAUGAAGCAGUUCCUGGAGGCUCUGCUGCGCAACGGCUCGGCGCAGAGGAACGACGAGGUGGUGCAGCGCCUGGUGAGGGGCUUUGAGGGGAGGGCUGAGGACCCAGGAGUGGCCGUGAGCUCCAUGGUGGACAUUCACAGCGACUGGUAUGGCGAGGACGCAGGUGACGUGCUGGUGGUGCCCAUCAAGCUGCACAAGUGCCCGUUCUGCCCCUACACGGCCAAGCAGAAGGGGAUCCUGAAGCGCCACAUCCGCUCGCACACCGGCGAGAGGCCGUACCCCUGCGAGACCUGCGGGAAACGCUUCACCCGCCAGGAGCACCUGCGCAGCCACGCGCUCAGCGUCCAUCGCUCCAACAAACCCAUCAUCUGCAAGGGCUGCAGGAGAACCUUCACCAACAGCCUCUCGCAGGGGCUGCGGCGCUUCGGGCUGUGUGACAGCUGUACCUGUGUCACCACCACCCACGAGGACCCGGUCCCCAUCAACCUGAGCCUGAUGGAAACCUCGGAGGGACAGGACAAAGGGGACAAUGACAACGAUUGGCCGAUCUACGUGGAGUCUGGAGAGGAGAAUGAUCCCGCUGAGGAUGAUGAUGAUGAUGAUGGGGAGGACAAACGGGAAAUCCAGCGGGGUUUGGACAGAGAGACGCUGAUGUAGCGGUGAGAGGAGAGGGAGAGCGUUGAGAUGCUCCUCCCAAAGAAAAUUUCUCAUCAGUGACACUGUGCUGGUUUUUUAUUAUUCUGUGUUUUUUUUUUAAUUAAAUCCGAAUUUUUUUUAAGUUUUCGGUGCUGCGCACCUGAAAUCUGUGAAGAACUUUCUGUCUGGGGUUCACAGAGGUUGGACUCGAGCAGUUUCUCUGCCUCCUGGUUUUGGUUUUACACCUCUGGGUUCUUCUGGGGAUGGGUUUAUUCAAAUAAUUCUGUCCUGGUCCUUAAUCCCUGAGCUGAAAGGGGCACCAGCUUCUCUCUGAAGAUGAAAUGUCGUUUACACCUCAUCCCUUGGGACUUCUCCAAACUCAUCURCGAUCCUUCUGUCUUAGAAUUAUAAUUAUCUAAAUUAUAAACCUUAAGUGUUUGCUCGGACCGGAUUUGACCUGGAAACCAGGGCAGAGAAACCAGGAUAACAAAAAAAAAAUUAAAAAUAAGAAUGCUGCUGAUGAAAGGAUAGAUAGGAACAAUAAAUCUAUUUCACAUGUCCUUAACUGCAGGAAUUUAGAGAUGAAGCUUUUUUUUUUCUGAAUUUUUACUGCAUUUUUCUCUCCUUAGAGCUCGUGCUGCA